AUGUAUAAGGUUCAUAGCAUAAACAAAGCAGACGAUACUCCCCUUUCUACCAGGCAAAUGAACGUUUGGUCUGGCAAUGCAGCCACCGUGAAAGACGUGGAUGACGAGAAGACGAAGGGUAGGCAAACAUGCGCUGACGAUCCCCAGGUUCAGCUCGACGACAGACCAGAUGACUCCAUCGAUGUCGGACCACGAGGGAUCGACUAG